AAGACGUGGCAAUGUUUACACCUAAAACAUAAAACAUGUGUUCUUUCGUAAUCACGCGGGAUGUACGUGUGGGUGGUAAAGCUGUGGUUGUUUGAGUGAAAAUUAUGAACGACAAAUUUUGUUUUGCUAUUGAUAGGGGUGGUACUUUUACUGAUGUUUUUGCUGUUUGCCCUGGAGGUAAAGUAAGAGUCUUAAAGCUUCUUUCUGAUGAUCCCGCAAAUUAUGAGGAUGCCCCUCGUGAAGGUAUACGAAGAGUCCUUUCGGAGGUUUCGAGUCAGAAUUAUGAUCCAGGUAAGCCCAUCGGUACAAGUGAGCUUGACUGGAUACGGAUGGGAACAACUGUUGCCACCAAUGCACUUUUAGAAAGGAAAGGAGAAAGAAUAGCCCUAGUCAUAAGUGCUGGCUUUAAAGACACUUUACAUAUUGGAAACCAAUCUAGACCGAAAAUAUUUAGUUUGGAAAUUAACUGCCCCGAUGACCUAUAUGAAGAAAUUGUUGAAAUUGAAGAGAGAAUUGUGUUACAGCAAGAUCAGUGUCAGAUAAAAAAAUCAUGUCCUGUUUUGAUUGGAACUACUGGUGAAAAUAUAGAAGUGUGGACGCCACUAAAUGAGGAAAAAUUAAGAAAUGAUUUGAAAAAGAUUCUCGAUAAGGGGAUAAAAAGUUUAGCUGUAGUACUGAUGCACUCUUACUUAUUUCCUGAUCAUGAGAUGUACAUUGGGAAAAUUGCAAAAGAUAUGGGCUUUCAUCAUGUGUCUUUAUCAUCAGAAGUAAUGCCUAUGGUUCGAAUGGUGCCACGAGGCCAUACAGCUUGUGUAGAUGCUUAUUUAACGCCAUGCAUUAAAAGAUAUGUUGAAAAUUUUUCUGCUGGCUUUCAGAAUAAACUGGAGGGUGUGAAUGUGUUAUUUAUGCAAUCAGAUGGAGGAUUAACGCCCAUGAGCUUGUUCUGUGGUUCUCGAGCAAUAUUAUCUGGUCCUGCUGGUGGUGUUGUUGGUUAUAGCAAAACUACAUAUAAUAAAAUUUCUAGUCUACCUGUUAUUGGAUUUGAUAUGGGUGGAACUUCUACUGAUGUGAGCAGAUAUGAUGGUCGCUAUGAUCACGUGUAUGACACAACAGUUGCUGGUGUUAGUGUGCAGGCACCACAGCUUGACAUUAACACAGUUGCAGCUGGAGGUGGAUCUAUGCUAUUCUUCAGAUCUGGUCUUUUAGUUGUAGGUCCAGAAUCUGCUGGUGCCCAUCCAGGACCUGUUUGUUACAGAAAAGGGGGACCUUUGACAGUUACUGAUGCUAAUCUUUGCCUUGGUCGACUUCAGCCAGAUUUUUUCCCCAAGAUAUUUGGGGAAACAGAAGAUUUACCUCUUGACAAAGCUGCAACUCUCAAAGCAUUUGAAAAAUUAACUAAUGAGAUAAAUGAUUUUAAUUCCACUCAAGUAGAUGUUAAGAAAGAGACUCUUUCCGUUGAAGAAGUUGCGUAUGGCUUCAUAAAAGUUGCCAAUGAAGCUAUGUGCCGGCCCAUUCGUGCCUUAACCCAGGGGAAAGGAUUUGACACUUCUCAGCAUAUUUUAGCCUGCUUUGGAGGAGCGGGAAGUCAGCAUGCUUGUGCGAUAGCUAAAAUUCUAGGAAUAUCCUCUAUUUUUAUCCACAAGUAUGCAGGUAUUCUUUCAGCUUUUGGUAUGGCAUUAGCUGAUGUAGUUUCUGAAGUUCAAGAAUCCUGUGCAAAAAUAUAUUCUCCAGAAAAUUUUGAGUACUUAGAUGAAAGGAUUAAGAAUUUGACAUGCAAAUGCCAGGAAAAUUUACAAAAGCAAGGGUUUCAAGAGCAGGAAAUAAAUAUUGAAGUGUUUUUAAACAUGAGAUAUGAAAGAACAGAUUGUGCUCUUAUGUGCAGUGGAGCUGCCACAUCAUUUGCUGAUACUGAGCCAAAAUUUAUUCGAGAGAAUGGUGAUUUUUUAAAAUCAUUCACAGAUCGGGUUCUGCGAAGCAAUGGAAACAGUUUGUCGGUAAUAGAGUGGUUAAGGUGCAGGAAAAAUCAUCCCAGAUCUUGGAAUCAUUGCAGUGGAAGGGAAAAUCCUGCUGAUUUAGUUAGUAGGGGUGUGCCAGCUCAAUGUUUGUUGGAAGGUGAUCGUUGGUGGUGUGGUCCAUAUUGGCUUAAAGGAAAAGAUAGUUUUUCCCCUCAGCAUCCACUGAAGGAUAUCCCACUGGAAGUAGUAGAAACUGAGAGAAAGGGAAAUGCGUUGUGCAUACUACUGUGA